UCGGUGGGUCCAGUCCUGUGUCUCCGGGAUGCUGAGCAGGCGGGCGGGGCUGUUUUUCGUUGCAGUGCCCUGCCGUGGAGUGAUGUAGCAAGACGCACGGGACAGAGCGGGCACAGGAGGAGAAGAGGAAACAUCAGGACGACUGCUUUUUAUUCGAGUAAUACAUUCAAAUCUGUCUACAAGCAAAAUGGAUUUAGUGAAAACCCCAAUCUAAAGUCAGCAGUAUUGGAGCCCUCCGUGCAUCCUGACACACACGGACAUCUUGUUUCUCUCCUAUCAGGAUACCGGAGUGCAGAGACACAUCUUUCUUCAUUUUGGACCGGUGCACAGUGAAUUGUAGUGGAGCUCUGUACAGCUCACCAUGGCGUGGCCCUGUAUCAGCAGGGCGUGCUGCAUGGCCCGCUUCUGGAACCAGUUGGACAAGGCUGACAUUGCGGUGCCUUUGGUCUUCACCAAGUACACGGACGUCUCUGAGAUGCAGCACAUCCAGCUGCAGCCGCCGCUCCACCCUCCCCAGGCCCGGGUCGCCAUAGAAACGCAGCCGUCUCGCGCAGACAACCGCACCACGACAGCGGCGCGGCCGCCGCGGAGGUGCGUCUCUGAGGAGCGCGUGUGCAGCUCGGUGAUGCGCGAGGACUUUAAGCACUGGAAAGUGCGACCCGAACCGAGCUGUAAACCCAAGAACGAGUACCACGGACCGGAAACACCGUUCAACAGCGAGACCCAGUACCAGAAGGACUUCAAACCCUGGCCCAUCCCGAAAAGGUACGACCAUCCCUGGAUACCUAAACAACCUCCGAGUGAUGACCGGGCUCCGGACAGGUCCAGGCACGCCAAGCAGCUGGCGGAUGCGGACAGCGGGGUGGAGAAGAGCGCUAUCGCCGACAAGGUGCAGGAGAAAGACCUCCUGCAGGGGCACGAGAGGAAAAAGAGGUCCAGUAAACAGGAGGGGCAGAAGAAAGUUGUCCUGAAGGUGGAAGGAGAGGGCAGAGGGAGGGCGGCGGAUGCUGUGAACAGGCAGAUCAAAGAGGAGAUCACAGCCGACAGCUCAUACAAAACUGAGUACAAGGCCUACAGAGACGUAAAGCCGGCAAAAAUGAUCCGGGCCCGGUCCCAGUACCUUCCUCCUGAUGGGAAGACCAGCCUAGAGACAAGCUACAGCGCCACCUUCAAGGGGCAGGCCCCGCUGCAGCCCGCUGACAACAAAGCCCUGGAGCGGAGGAGGAUACGCAGCUUGUACAGCGAGCCUUACAUGGACCCCAUCAAACAGGUUGACAGGUGUAGUGUCCCUCGCUCUAAACCCAAAAAGUCUGGAGCCACAGCGGCAGGCCAGGGCAAGCCAUUGAAGAAAGCCAAAGAUAAGCAGAGCGCCGCGCUGAGGGGCUCCAAGAAGACGACCUCGGAGAACCAGCCAGAGAACCGGCCAGCGGUGGGGGACAAGGAGAAAAGUAAAGAGAUGAACAACAAACUGGCUGAGGCAAAAGAGGUUGUGCUAAAACAGUACCACUACAUACAACUCUGCCAGCCAAUCCGAGAUAUUGGCUGGGUGCAGACUCUAAAGCAACACCUGUGGGGCUGUGCACUACCCAAUCCCAGAGAUGCUAAGGACGAGGUUCUCCGACCCAGUCAUCAUCAUUCCCAGGGUGCUGCUGGAGGAGAACCAUCACCACCACUGCUGGAGAGACCCGAGCCUCGGAGGAGCAGCGUACGCUUUGCCCUAGAUGCGAACCAGACUGAGUAGUUCUGCCUGUCAGGAUGAAGGCAGAUACACCUCAUACGGAGACUGCUGCUCUGUACUGUAAAUAUCUAAUAUUUGCAACUAAGUUGGAUUAGGAAAAGAGAUGAAUCCCAAAAAAAUAUAUAUAAUCCUGCUAUCCAAGAGGAAGCCCACAUGUUUGAGACACGCAUGUUUGAGACAGCAAGGUCGCAGCUGUUUGACCCAUGGCAUUAUUGCAAAGGUGCUACAUCAUUUUCUGGUUUCAUGCAAUUUAUUUAUUUCUAAUUAUGUCAAUAUCAUCAGAAAUACCACGCCAUUAAGUGCUUAUACAACAAUUAUAAAAAAACCUGUACUGUACAUUUGUUUU